GAUCUGAUCUACAGACUUUCUUCACAUUUCAUCAAUUGUCCCACUAUUUUUUUUUCUUCAGGAUCCCAUUUAGGGUCCCACCUUAACAAAAGUUUUUAAAAUAGGAAGCUAUUACAGCCUUCUGAGUGCAGGUGAUGGGGUUCAGGACAUACUAUGCCAAAAUAUGGCACCUUGGCGCAUUGAAGAUUUUAAGACAAAGGAGUUUUAGGAAACGGUGAAGCAGGAAGGAUAUUCUGACCCCCUCCUUAGCCCUCCUUCCUUGAAAAUAGGAGACAAACCUCUCAUGUGAAAGACACCCUCCUGGUACAUGGACAUGGAGGACAUCCUUUUCUCUGGAGACACGGAAUUCAGGGUCAAGAAGCCUGUAUAAACAAGCCUUAUAACUUCUUCACCAUUUAUUACCCCUAGUCUCAACUCUAUUGUCUUGUUAAUUCUUCACACAUUUAUUAUUUCCUUGUCUACAGGGUAUGCAAGCGUCUUGUUCUGGCCACUUCACAUCCUCAUUCUCUUGUGAAGUUUCCCAUGUAUAUAUAAAAGGUCAAUUAAACCAUGUUUUUCUCCUGCUAGUUAAUUCUAAGGCCCAGCCAGAGACCCAAAGAGGGUAGAGGAGAAUUUUUCUUGCUUGACAUAAGUAGCACCUAACCUUCAGGGGGCCACAUGAUUAAUCUGUGAAUAAGGAUCAGGGUUUAUUCCUCCCUCACAGGGGGGCCAAGAUUACCUCACAAAGCUCUGUUGGAGUCACACCAAUAUAGCAAGAGCUGGUGCCAGGGCCUGCAGGCACAGUGGGAUCCAGCAGCCAGAAAUCUGUGGUGAGAAAGGUGGCAGAGCCACCCAGGAGCACCACAGUUUGGUCCUUUGGUCAGAUUAUGGUAGAGCCUUGAAAGACGAGGUUGGGUUCUCAAUCUCCAUUUAACCUGGGAAAGCCCACUUGGUGAAGACUGCUGUAGGAGGGUGAGUGAGUUACAGCCUGGCCCCAGCCCGCCCUGGCAGGUGCAGCGGAUAGGAGAUUUCUGAGGCUGUGAGAUGGCUGUUGGAUGCUGGAGGAAUCCUCUGUUGCUGUUGGCUGCUCUCGUCCUGGCAGCCAGGCUGGGUCACUUUCAAAGGUGGGAAGGCUUCCAGGAGAAGUCCACGAGCGUGAAAAACAUGAAUUCAACCCUCAAGUUCUUCAUUGAAACCUACAACAAUGCUAGCAAUGACACCUACUUAUUUCAAGUUGACAAGCUACUUCGAAGUCAGAUGCAGCUGACGACUGGAGUGGAGUAUAUGGUCACUGUGAAGAUUAGCCGGACCAAGUGUGAGAGGAAUGGCACAAGAAACCAUUCAUGCCCCAUUCAAAACAAAAAAAAGCUGAAAAAGAGUUUCAUUUGUGAUUUUUUGGUGUACACUGUGCCCUGGAUGAACUACUACCAACUCUGGAACAACUCCUGUCUGGAGGCUUGAAUGUAUCGGUGCAAAGAUCUUUGAUGAAAACUUAGAUGGCCA